AUGCGUGCAUAUUAUUAUGACAACGAAGACACAGACCCUCGUGAGCCGCAUGAAAAACUUCCCCUGUCGCCGGUAACUCCCCAAGAGCUUGCAAAUUUUGGAGUUCUCUACUGGCAAUUGGGUGACGAUUAUCUUGGUGAAAUAGAUAAAAUAUGUAAAGAAAGGAGUUAUAAAAAUCGGGAUGAAAUUAAUUGUUCGAGAGAAGGGCUAGGUGACGCUUACGAAAGCAAAAUUAAGACAUUUUUUGAAGAGCAUCUUCAUGAAGAUGAAGAAAUUCGCUUUGUUAUUGAUGGUUCCGGAUAUUUUGAUGUUCGCGAUGGUGCGGAUCGUUGGAUUCGUAUAGCUGUCAGUAAGGGCGAUCUACUCGUUUUG